AUGACCACGUUGCUUCUCCAAGAAGUAGAUCCAGAUUCGAUUGCAUCAAGGCUAAAGGCGGUGGAUGGGAGACAUAGUGGAGGCGUCAAACAACGAUGUUGUGAAGUCGACGAUGAAGGAGGCUCCAGUGGUGUAGGUGUUGGUGUAGGGCUCGGGGUAAACAAGUGGAGUAGCGGUGGUUUGGAAGAAGGCCUCACGGCGGCGCAAAUUGAACAGGAGCUUCUUCGCCUUAUCGUCGACGAUAGAGAUGAUAAGGUCACGUUUAAGGAUUUCCCUUAUUACAUCAGUGAACGAACACGAGCAUUAUUAACAAGUGCAGCAUAUGUUCAUUUGAAACACUUGGAUGUUUCCAAACACACCCGAAAUCUUUCACCUGCAAGUAGGGCUAUAUUGCUCUCAGGGCCUGCAGAAUUUUACCACCAAUAUCUUGCAAAGGCUUUGUCACAUGAAUUUGAAGCAAAGCUGCUAGUGUUAGACAUCAUAGACUUGUCUGUAAAGAUGCAAAGCAAGUAUGGCACAUCUAAGAAAGACUCUUCUAUCAAAUGGCGUAUCUCUGACAUGGCGUUUGAUCGGAUGUCGAGUUUACUUGGAUCAUUAUCCACAACAAAGGAAAAUAAUGGAGAUUCUAAAAAGGUUGUGAGCAGCUACUACCCUUUUGAUGAAAGAGUAUUUUUACAGGAAUUAUACAAGAUUUUAGUCUCCUUUUCAACAACUGGCAUUAUUCUCUAUAUCAAAGAUGUAGAGAGGUUUCUACAAUCAAAACAAACAUACAAACUGUUUGAUAAAAUGCUAAAGAGACUAUCAGGUUCAACAUUAGUUCUAGCUUCCAAAAUCUUGGAUGCAGAUAACAAAAAGGACGAAAUAAACGAGAAAAUUUCUUGUUUAUUUCCUUACAAUAUUGAAAUCAAACCACCUGAAGAUGAAUUUCAUCUCAUAAACUGGAAAGCACAAUUAGAAGAGCAAAUGAAGGACAUACAGUUUCAAGACAACAAGAAUCACAUCACUGAGGUUUUAGCAGCAAAUGAUCUUGAAUGUGAUGAUUUAGGUUUAAUUUGUCAUGCAGACACAAUGUUUAUCAGUAAUUACAUUCAAGAAAUUGUGAUUUCUGCAAUUUCUCAUCAUUUGAUGCUUCAUAAAGAUCCAGAAUACAGAAAUGGAAAGCUUGUUAUAUCAUCUACCAGCUUGUCACAUGGAUUGAGCAUCUUUCAAGAGGGGUAUUGUGGUGGGAAAGAUACUUUAAAGCUUGAGACAAAUGCUGAGUCAUCAAAGGGACCAGAAAGUGUUGCAUCAAAAUCUGAUAACAAAAAUGAUGCAGAAAAAGCUCUUCCUCCAAAACCGGAAGUUCCCGACAACGAAUUCGAAAAGCGGAUACGGCCGGAGGUAAUCCCAGCGAACGAAAUCGGCGUAACAUUCGCCGACAUCGGAGCUUUAGACGAAAUAAAAGAAUCACUACAAGAACUGGUGAUGCUUCCUCUUCGAAGACCAGAUCUAUUCAACGGUGGACUUCUGAAACCAUGUCGUGGCAUCCUUCUGUUUGGGCCACCUGGCACCGGAAAAACCAUGCUGGCAAAAGCAAUCGCAAAUGAAGCCGGAGCAAGUUUCAUCAACGUCUCCAUGUCCACCAUCACUUCCAAAUGGUUCGGAGAAGACGAGAAAAACGUUCGCGCGUUGUUCACACUCGCUGCAAAGGUGUCGCCGACGAUAAUAUUUGUUGAUGAGGUGGAUAGCAUGUUAGGGCAACGGACACGUGUCGGGGAACAUGAGGGUAUGAGGAAAAUUAAAAACGAGUUUAUGUCGCAUUGGGAUGGGCUGUUGACUAAAACCGGUGAACGGAUUCUCGUUCUUGCCGCCACUAAUCGUCCGUUUGACCUUGAUGAAGCCAUUAUUAGACGAUUUGAACGCAGAAUUAUGGUGGGUCUACCAUCGGUGGAGAACAGAGAAACGAUCUUGAAAACUCUGUUAACAAAAGAAAAAGUGGAAGAGUUGGACUUUAAGGAGCUUGCAAUCAUGACAGAAGGAUAUAGUGGAAGCGAUCUCAAGAAUUUGUGUGUAACAGCAGCUUAUCGACCCGUAAGAGAGCUAAUACAACAAGAGAGACAAAAGGAUAUUGACAAGAAGGGAAGUGGAGAAGCGGAUGCCAAAGACACGAAAGAAGAAAAGGAAAGUGUUAUUACAUUGAGACCUCUGAACAUGGAAGAUAUGAGGCAGGCGAAGAAUCAAGUGGCGGCUAGUUUUGCGGGGGAGGGAUGUGUGAUGGGGGAGCUGAAACAGUGGAAUGAGUUGUAUGGGGAAGGAGGGUCAAGAAAGAAAGAGCAGCUAAGUUACUUUCUUUAAAAAAGAAUGGAGAUGUUAUUAUUAUGUAAAUUAGCAAUUGGUAAUUGUUUAAGUCGUAAUUUUUGUUGUAAAUUAUAAGGUUUGAUUAUUGGUUUAAGUUAGGGUAAGCUGGGUUGAUACUUUUGUUUUAUUAUCUAUAGGGAUUUUAGGGUAAAUUAUAAAGUUGGUCUAUGUGUUUUGGUGUUCUUUUAUGAAUUCGGUCGAGUGUUUUUGUUCCCCAUGUAUAAUAAUCAUGAGCUUAUGUUUCUAUUUUAAUUAAGAACAUAUUUAUGUUUAUGUUGUUUAUGUC